AUGUUUCUUGGACUGUUCACAGCCAUUCAGUUGAGGUUUACCAUUGAGGAGCUGUCAAAAAGUGCAGUGACCUGUGCAGAACUUGAAGGCUUUCGUGAAUUGCAGCGUGCAGCAACAGGUCUGAAAAUCCAAAAAGAGAAAGAGAAGAGUGGUCUGCCCUCCUCUACACCACCCAAUCAUGCUUGGGCCAGUCAUAUUCAGGAGCACGGGCAUUACCAGGAGCAUGGCAGGUCUGGAACUGAACGCCACCCUGAAGUUUUAACUAAUAAGAAAGAUGCCAACAGCUCUCAUGUCAAGCAAGACAUAGAUCAUAUCUACUACAUUUCAAAAAUCUACCAGCCCAUAGAUGCUGCAGCCAAGGACUUGUGGGUAAAUUUGAAACAGAUGGACAAAGGAAAGGUUCAUGGAGUCCUUUCUGACACCCACAGACAAGCUUUGACAGUGAACUUGUCCUUUGCGUUUCCUUAUUAUGGACAUUUACUGAGAGAGAUAACAGUGACUACUGGUGGUUUUCUCUACACAGGAGACGUGAUCCAUAGGAUGCUGACAGCAACUCAGUACAUUGCUCCACUCAUGGCUAACUUUGACCCGAGUAUUUCCCCAAUGUCCACCAUCAUUUACUCUGAUAAUGGCACAGCUCUUAUUGUGCAGUGGGACCAUGUUUAUCUGCAGGAUGACCCAGAUUUGGGCAGUUUCACUUUCCAGGCUUCAUUGCACAGUGAUGGCAGGAUCACCUUUGCUUACAAAGAGAUUCCUGUUGCUAUCAAUGAGAUUAGGUCAGAGAAUCACCCAGUGAAAGUUGGUCUUUCUGAUGCAUUUAUGGUGCUUCAUAAGAUUCAGAGGAUCCCAGACACAGACAUCCGAAGGAGAACAAUAUACGAGUACCAUCGAGUUGAGCUGUUGAAAUCCAAAAUUACCAACUACACUAUCAUUGAGUUGCUGCCUCUUCCAACCUGCCUGCAGUUCUCCAGCUGUGACAGCUGUGUUACAGCUCAUAUCGGCUUCAACUGUAGCUGGUGCAGACGCCUACGAAGAUGUUCCAGUGGCUUUGACCGAAAUCGUCAGGAUUGGGUUGACAGUGGUUGUUUGGAUGAGAUAAAGAACCAGAGCUGCAGUGAAACAAUCAAACAAUAUGCUGUAAGCACUGGGCCUGCAAUCAAUAACACAGCAACAUCUACAGCCACAGCCCAGCCCAGCAGAUACAGCAGUGUCAUCAGCACUGUAUCAUCCACAAAUGCUCAUCCCACCACCAUCUCUGCUGAGCCCUCUGAGGCAGGGAGGGCAGGCGGACAACGUGAAAGGCAGACUGCUCUACUUGUUAGCAUCCUACUCAUCAUACUGCUGAUGGUGGCUGCAGUACUGGCUACAUUUUACAUGUACCGACAUCCCACCUCCAGUGCCAGCCUCUUCUUCAUUGAGAGACGGCCAACACGCUGGCCUGUGAUGAAGUUUCGGCGAGGUUCUGGCCACCCAGCCUACGCUGAAGUGGAGGCUAUGGGACGAGACAAAGAAGGCUUCAUUUUAACAGAGCCUAAGGAUGGCUUCAUCACUGCAGAUCGCAGAGAGAGCUCGAUUACAACAGACCAAAGAGACGGCUUCAUUGUGCCUGAUCAAAAAGAAAGAUUCCUCGCAGUGGGACAUCGCUGACACGCAUUGAACUCACUCUGAAAGAGACUGGAAAAGAAACAUACCUCGGAACAGUUGUUACGUUUCCUGUUAACUGUCUUUUAUUGUUCUAACAAAUGCUGACACUGAAUUGUAAAAAUAUCGAUUGGAUAUUUUGAAAAUGAAAUCAAUGUUUUGUUGUCAAAAAUUUAU